AGUCGAUGGUUGUAUUGCGCGCAGUGCUCUGAGGAAGUCGUAUAUAUUGCUUGGUAUUGUAGGCUAUACUCUCGCUCACACAUUGGAGCUUUUUACAGAAUUGAAGAAGACUAUCUACAUGCUUUAUGCAUGGAUUGACAACCACGUUUCUGGUGUGAAAGAAGGGGACGAGUCCAGAAAAGAGACUCUUUCUUGAAUCCUGACCCCAUACACCUCCAGACAACAUUGUCUAUUUCAAGUGUCACCGAAAAAACAGUCCCAAGACCAAAGCCAUGCCCUGCGUUCAGGCUCAGUAUGGGUCAUCACCGCAAGGAGCCAGCCCCGCUUCGCAGAGCUACAGCUACCACACCGCUGGAGAAUACAACUGCGACUUCUUAACACCUGAGUUUGUUAAGUUUAGUAUGGACCUGACCAACACUGAGAUCACAGCUACUACUUCUCUCCCUAGUUUCAGCACAUUCAUUGACAACUAUAGCACCAGUUACGACGUUAAACCGCCCUGUCUAUAUCAAAUGCCGCAUUCUGGAGAGCAGUCCUCCAUCAAAGUCGAGGACGUCCAGAUGCACAGCUAUCAUCAGCAGAGCCAUUUACCACCUCAGUCGGAAGAGAUGAUGGCCCACUCCGGGUCAAUUUACUUCAAACCCUCCUCACCUCACGCCCCAACCACACCAAACUUCCAGGUUCAGCCCAAUCACAUGUGGGAGGACCCUGGGUCCCUCCACAGUUUCCACCAGAACUAUGUGGCUGCGACCUCUCAUAUGAUAGACCAGCGCAAAAACCCGGUGUCAAGGCUGUCACUAUUCUCCUUCAAACAGUCCCCUCCUGGUACCCCUGUGUCGAGUUGCCAGAUGCGAUUCGAUGGUCCACUGCACGUCUCCAUGAACCACGACAACCCAGGGGCACACCGAGGCUUAGACAGCCAGAGCUUCGCGGUACCCAGUGCUCUAAGAAAACAGGCCGGCUUAGCCUUCCCCCACUCCCUUCAGCUCGGCCAUGGACACCAGUUGAUGGACAGCCAAGUCCAUUCGCCCCCGUCCCGCGGUUCACCGUCAAACGAGGGUCUGUGCGCAGUGUGUGGGGACAACGCUGCUUGCCAGCAUUAUGGAGUGAGAACCUGCGAGGGUUGCAAAGGAUUUUUUAAGCGCACUGUUCAGAAAAAUGCUAAAUACGUGUGUUUAGCGAACAAAAAUUGUCCUGUCGAUAAACGCCGAAGAAACCGUUGCCAAUACUGCCGUUUCCAGAAGUGCAUGGUUGUCGGAAUGGUCAAAGAGGUUGUCCGGACCGCUAAUCUAAAGGGUCGAAGAGGCCGUCUUCCCUCCAAACCUAAAAGUCCCCAAGACGCCUCACCACCCUCGCCGCCUGUCAGUCUCAUAAGUGCCCUUGUUAGGUCCCAUGUCGAUUCCAACCCGUCCAUGUCUGGCUUGGACUAUUCAAGAUUUCAGUCUAACCCUGACUACCAAAUGAGUGGAGACGACACCCAGCACAUCCAGCAGUUCUAUGAUCUCCUGACGGGUUCCAUGGAGAUUAUCCGAGGUUGGGCGGAAAAGAUCCCUGGGUUUUCUGAUCUUCCGAAGCAGGAUCAAGAUCUCCUCUUCGAAUCAGCCUUUCUGGAACUUUUUGUUCUGCGGCUGGCAUACAGGUCCAACCCAGUGGAAGGCAAACUCAUUUUUUGCAACGGGGUGGUCUUGCACAGGCUGCAGUGCGUCCGAGGAUUUGGGGAAUGGAUAGACUCGAUUGUGGAGUUUUCCUCUAACUUGCAGAGCAUGAACAUCGACAUAUCAGCAUUCUCCUGCAUCGCCGCUCUUGCUAUGGUAACAGAGAGGCAUGGGCUUAAGGAACCCAAGAGGGUUGAAGAACUUCAAAACAAGAUAGUGAACUGCCUCAAAGACCAAGUGACAUUCAAUGGCGGAGGCUUGACUCGUCCGAACUACUUGUCAAAACUUUUGGGAAAACUCCCUGAACUUCGCACGCUAUGUACACAAGGUCUGCAGCGUAUCUUCUACUUAAAACUCGAAGACUUGGUUCCUCCGCCAGCAAUAAUUGACAAACUUUUCCUCGACACUCUACCUUUUUAAAUGGACUUUAAAACGGACUUUUAAUGAGACCUCAAAGAACUUCCACAGACUCUGUUUGAGUCAGCCUAACACAUUUUUUUAGAUUUUAACUCUGAAUAUUUCCAAGCUCCCUAGUACAAUCCCCUACAUCCUGAUCAAGGAUCCAUGAAAUAGAUACAAAGAAGAGUGAGAAAAAAUUGGCCUCAGAAAACCCACUGAUGCUCGAUUUUUUUAUAGGCCUAAUCCCCAGUAUAGCCAUUCGGGGAAAGUCUCCAAGGCCAAUUCUCGACCAAGUUAAAAAAAAACUUUCUUGCAACUAUUAGCCUAUUUUCCUUGUUGUUGACCAAACAUCUGUUCCAUUGAUAACGCAUACUGAUAUGUAAUAUAUUUCAUUUAUAAAUAUGCACAUAUAUGAUAGAUUAUGUGACGCGUCCAAUGCGUCAAUUUAUAACACGUGUAAAAAAGUUCGUUAAUGACAAAAUGCCAUUUUUCUUUUAUGACUUGUGCCUAUAUGUGUUUCUGUCAGGAUCCCAGAGGUAUGGAAGUAUUUCGAAAAGACGACGCAUGUUGUAGGUUUUAUAGGCACUUGCUGUCGAGGAGUCUAUAUUAUAUACCGGACACUAUGUAGUCUGCUAGAUUUUAUAAAGAUUCGUAGUACUGGCACACCUUUUAUGUAUGACGCAUAUGUGAAAAGUAUCUCCAUCUGUAUAGAUAAAGAGGGAUCCAUGGUGUUUGUAAAACUGUCAGACAUUCCUUGUUUGUAUGUGUUGUAAGUAUUGUUGCUGUUGAAUAUAAACGUUUAUAUAUUUAUUAUUUUAUUGCCAAAAGCUAAAUUAAGCAUGGGAGCAGUUUAAAUGAUUUCAAACCAUCAUAAUUCAUGCUGAGCACGUUGUCUAUGUUUUAUGUCUUAUAGACGUCUAGAUAGUUAUAAUUUCACACAUUAGAAAAUGAACAAUUCGUCCUAUAUAAAAGAUAAAUAAGUGUGCGGUACAUCCUUUGCCUUCUUGGUGUAUUUGAGUAGGCUAUUGCAAUGCAUUCGGUGCCGAAUUCCAAACGUUUAGAGAGAAAGAGAUAUUUAAUGUUUACAAAUAAAACUUUUAAAUCAUU